CACACUGACGCAUAAUUGUGUAUUGAAAGACUCAAUUUUAUUGAAGAGAAAAGUUCAAUAAAUCUGCUGAAAUGACGUCGUUAGAUCCGGCGCCGAACAAGACAUGGGAGCUAUCCCUCUACGAGCUGCAGCGCAAACCCCAAGAGGUCAUCACAGACGGCACAGAAAUCGGAGUUUCCCCCAGGAGUCUCCACAGCGAACUGAUGUGUCCCAUCUGCCUGGACAUGUUGAAAAAAACAAUGACGACUAAGGAAUGCUUGCACCGUUUCUGCUCCGACUGUAUUGUAACUGCUCUGCGAUCUGGCAACAAGGAGUGCCCCACAUGCCGCAAGAAAUUGGUCUCCAAGCGCUCGCUCCGCGCUGAUCCCAACUUUGACCUUCUCAUUUCGAAAAUCUAUCCCAGCCGUGAGGAGUACGAAGCCAUACAGGAGAAGGUGAUGGCCAAGUUCAACCAAACACAGUCGCAACAAGCUUUGGUCAAUUCUAUCAACGAGGGCAUUAAGCUGCAGUCCCAGAACCGACCUCAGCGUUUCCGCACCAAGGGUGGCGGCGGAGCUAACGCAGGUGGUGGUGCGGCUGCUGGCGGUUCCGGCCGAAAUGCCUCUAACCAAUUGAAUGUGCACGAUACAGCCUCCAACGACAGCAACACGAACAGCACCGACCGCGAUAACCGGGAAACGACCCAAACGGCUCCAUCUACGCCAGCAACAACAAAUGCCAAUCCCGCUGCACCGACUCCACCCACUUCAUCAGCCAACACUGGAACAACAACCGGAUCAGGCGCCAGCACCUCCUCCACUCGUAUGCAGGUGGACGACGCCUCCAAUCCUCCCUCCAUUCGAAGCACCCCGUCUCCUGUGCCGUCGAACUCAAGCAGUACCAAGCCUAAACGCGCUAUGUCAGUGCUUACAUCAGAGCGGUCCGAGGAGUCCGAGUCGGAUUCUCAAAUGGAUUGCCGCACAGAGGGUGAUUCUAAUAUUGACACGGAGGGUGAGGGUAACGGCGAGCUUGGAAUUAAUGAUGAGAUUGAGCUUGUGUUUAAGCCGCAUCCAACUGAGAUGUCCGCCGAUAACCAGCUCAUCCGGGCGCUCAAGGACAAUUGCGUGCGCUACAUCAAGACCACGGCCAACGCGACUGUGGACCAUCUCAGCAAAUAUCUAGCUAUGCGCCUAACCCUUGAUCUUGGUCCUGAUCUGCCGGAGGCGUGCCGCCUGCUCAACUUCUGCAUCUAUGUUGCUCCGCAGCCCCAGCAGCUGGUCAUUCUGAACGGAAACCAGACACUGCACCAGGUGAACGAUAAGUUCUGGAAGGUUAACAAGCCGAUGGAAAUGUACUACUCGUGGAAGAAAACCUAAGUAGGUAUUAGCCAGUUAUUUCCAGGUGGAAAUAUCCUAGCUCUAGAAUCUAAAAACCUUUAAAACAUUCAAUACAAAGCAAAAUAUAUUUAAUUGUAAGUAAAAA